UUUUGCAGUUAUGGCCUUUUGGGACCCAGCGGAUGUGGGAAGACCACACUUCUGAAAUGCAUUGUGGGAACCCUGAAAAUCUCACAGGGUCACAUUACUGUUUUAGGGAAGCCGCCUAAAUUUCCAGGUCACAACGUUCCAGGAAAGAAAGUCGGAUACAUGCCCCAGAAAUUGGCGCUGUACAAUGAGUUUACCAUCAGUGACACCCUGACCUUCUUUGGCCGAAUUCAUGGCCUGGCAUCUAAGGAAAUCCAGGAACGCAUGAAACAUCUCAUUGGCUUCCUAGAUCUGCCUGAGAAAAACAGCCUUGUUCAAAAUCUCAGUGGGGGUCAGCAGCGAAGAGUGUCUCUCGGAGCGGCUCUGCUACAGAAUCCAGAGCUACUCAUCUUGGAUGAACCAACAGUUGGAGUAGACCCUGUUCUCAGAUCAAAGAUCUGGCAUCACCUGGUGGAGAUUGUGAACACGGGCAAAGUCUCUGUUAUUAUCACCACACACUACAUAGAGGAGGCCAGGCAAGCCAAUGUGGUCGGUCUCAUGAGAAAUGGGCAAUUGCUGGCUGAAGAUCCUCCGGAUGCCAUCAUGCAGCAGCACUGUUCAACAACCUUGGAGUAUGCCUUCCUGCAAAUGUGUGAAACAUCAGAGAAGGAUAACAACCCUAAACAAGAGUCAAGUCCUCCAGAUGGAAAGUUAGAGGAAAGCCAAUCAUUUGAGAGUGGGAGGGAUGAGAGUCAGCCAAUUCUUGGAGUUGGAUCUCCACCUGCUGAGGAAGGCCUCAAAUGUUCAGUGGACUGGAAGGUGCGAGUCAGACAUGUGCUGCCAAAGUGGAGGAACAUCGCUGCCCUGAUGAUCAAAACAUUGGUGCGGAUGAAGAGAAUGCCAGGCUCUUUGUGUUUCCAGUUCCUGUUGCCCGUCAUUCAGAUCUCACUCAUCUGUUUGUGUGUCGGAGAUCCAAAGGGCAUCCAGGUUGCUAUAGUGAACAAUGAGACGUUAUCCCCUUCUGUGAGCAAAGCACUCCUCUCCUUCCUUGACAACUCCAGUCUGCAACAGGUGAGCCUGUCCCACAAAGAAGCUUUUGAGGGGAUCUAUAAUGGAGAUUACUGGGGUGUAAUCGGCUUUGGCGAGAACUUCACUAGCUACCUGACUAAACGGAUGGUCCAGCGGCAGGUUUCUGAAGAGAUAAUCGAUGGAGGAUCAGUACACAUCUGGCUGGACCAGACAAAUCAACAAAUCGCUUUUAUGCUGCAGAAGAAAUUGCAGGAGGCCUUUAAGGCCCUUGUGGAUCAUAAGUUGGGCGACAGAGCAUAUCAGGUUGCCCUGCCAAUAAAGUUUGAGGAACCCAUCUACGGCAGCCAAAACAAAGUCUUUACUACAUUUGUGACACCUGGAGCUGUGCUUAGUAUUACCUUCUACCUGGCCAUGGGUCUGACGACACUAUCCUUUGUUCUGGAGAGGAAAGAGGGGCUUUUGGACAGAUGCUGGGUUGCAGGCGUGAGCUCUCUGGAGACAAUGCUGGCUCACCUCUUUUCUCAGCUGUUCGUCAUCAGCGUUCAGAUCAUCCUGCUGCUUCUUAUGAUACUGCUCGUCUUCAAGAUACCCAAUGAAGGCUCUUUGGUUCUUAUCAUAAUUCUGAUCGUGCUGCAGGGUGUCACGGGCAUCUCAUUCGGCCUCGUCAUCUCAUCUGCAAUCGACGAUGAGCAUAGCGCCAACCAGGCCGCUCUGGGAAUGUUCUACCCCAACCUCAUACUUAGUGGUAUCAUGUGGCCUGUGGAGUGUAUCCCGUAUCCUCUCCGCUACCUUAGCCUGGUCCUUCCCCAGACCUAUGCCACUGAAGCCCUUCGCUGUAUAAUGUACAGAGGCUGGAGUAUGUCUCACAUGAUGGUGUGGCGAGGCUUUCUUGUCAGCCUGGGUUGGAACACUUUCUUCCUCAUCCUGGCGACAGUCAUCUUCAAGCUGCGGAUGUGACAGCCUCGUGGGGGCUGGAGCUGUCAGGUGCAGCCCUCAAGUCAAAGUCACCUGGGCCUGUUUAAAUGCAAGUGUAAAUUUAGCUGCAACAUAUACAAGCUACAAUAUGUAGAUAUGCAAAAUGUUAUCUAAGGAUCGUAUAGGGUCUUUUAGUUUGUUUCACUUUUAUCUGCAUCUUCUGUAAAGGUACAGUCAGUUUGGGUUUUUUUUGGUUUUUUGGUGUGCAAUAGAAAAAAAAGGAUAUUGUAAAAUGUACAUACAUUAGUGUGUAAUUAUAUCUUCCAGCAAAAUGAAGAAUUCUCGUAAACUUAUAUUUAAAUACAUCAAAGUGGGCAACAGUUUGUGGAAGCCAUCAUGUUCCCCCACCAUAUUUGAAUACAAUGGAAAGACAUCUCCCUUCUGACUAAUCAGAUUUUAUGUAUUUGGCUAGAGAAAAAUAGAAUUUGUAAGCAGUUAAGUGGUGUGAAGGAGUCCCCUUCAUCAAAGAAGCAAAGAUGCUAAGCAAAGAGACAACACUGGCAUCAUCCUCCUCACCUUAAGACUCAUCUGCUGAACUUACGUCAGGGCUCCAACACAUGAAAACAUCCAUAUACAUGGUUAUUUAUUCCCAAUAUUUUCACAACAACUUAUUGUCAGCAGAUUAGACAUGCAACAUUUGACAUCUCACACUGUGUGAAAGUUUGUUCACUAAACCUUUGAGUCCAUAUUUAGAUCCACUUCAAAGACAGUUUCACAAAUUCUGGGAAACGGCAGCUAACAGAGACUAACAGUGGCAAAAGUAUGAUUUAUGAUAUGUGAUUUAUUGCUAAGUGCUGAUUUUAUUCAAAUAUAUAAAAUAUAUAAUAUAUAAAAUAUAGUUUCUGUAAAAAUAUUGGGUUUUUUUUUAUACAAAUGGUACUAAAGAUUUUUCUGUAAUACACUUUAUUUUAUAUCAAGUGGAGCAGCCCAUGUUCGGAGGGGAGAUUCAGAAUGUCCUGAAUGUAACUGUAAGACACUGUUUUUUGUCCUUGCAGUACAUACCGUCUCUCCUACGUGCAUUUGCAUUAUAAAGACAAUUCUAUUCAAGUUUAUUUCAGCACAACAGAAGGAUUUUGUCCACCUGAAAAUGUUUUCCAAGCAGAGAACCUGAGUGGAGGAUUGUUGCAUAAUGUUGUGGGACUAGUUUUAAAGUGCUGAUUGCAUCAUGUUGCUCAGAAGGUUCUCACCCAUUCAGACUUCCCACAGAAACACCAUCUUCUCUAUCUGCUCGCUUUUGAUGUUUGUGUUCAACUUUUUGUCCUGUCUGUUUAUGACUUGACAGGAAGUGGUUUCAUCUCACCGUGUUACCAGGUGCUGCAAAAUCGUCACGUAGAGGUGCAUUAUCGCUGUUGACUGUUCAGCCUGAAGGUUUUCUCAUUUUUUUGUGUGCCUGCGUCUCUUUUAGGAGGAGAUUGGUGAUGGGGAAAGUAUUGGUACUGUAUCUUUAAAAAAUAAUUAUUAUUCUCUUUACUUUGCUGGACAGAGUGGAGGUUCUUGGACAGAUUUCCUUUCGCUGGUAUAUAGCUCUACUAAUCCAUACAACUCUAUUUUUUACACAGACAUUUAAUUUGCUCAGACUUUUCAUUAAUCUUUCUUUAAGAAUAAUACAGAUUAAAAGCACACAGGAGUAAUGCUGCUUUGAAUUAAACAUGUUAUGGAAAGUAGGGAGAAAAAAAGGGAAGAAAAAUCAAAUGAAAAUCCAAAAAUAAGGUGUUUAUAGUCAGAAAGCUUGGUUUUCCUUCCUUUUUUAUGUAGAAGUAAACUGCAAUGAAGAAAUUUUAAUCUUGAAUGGACUUUUGGGGGUGCUUUGACAUGCUAUAACAGAUACCACUCUUUGUUUUGUGGGGUAUGUUUCCAAUUAGAGGUUAGAAUAAACAAUGACGAAAACAAUUUUAAAACAAGACAUGCCUAUAUCUCACAGGUUGUUUAUUUUUCUGUCUUAAAUCUACAUCAUAGGUGCAUCAUAACCAAAAACCAUGCACAAUAACCUGAUGUGCACCUCCCCAGCAAUGUAAUUAUAUGUCACACUGAUGCAGGCACAGGUGUAAAUGCUGGCAACCACAUCAGCCACGUGUGUACGCUACAUCAUAGUGUCUGCAUAGAUCCACUGCAGAAGAAUAACUUGAGUGCAAACCAGUGAGCUGUCUGCCUUUACCCAUAACAUCAUGUCUUCAAAGGAAUAGUUUGACUUUCUGGUGGCCUAAUAAUAGGGCAAGACUAAACAGUUGGCUUAGCUUAGCGCUAAUACAGGAAAGGAUAAAACAACCUGCCCAAUUUAAAAAAAAA